AUGCCUUACGAACCAGGCCAACCCUAUCGUGAAGAAGAAUACUCAAACAGUCAUCCGCCAUCUGGUAGAGACCCUGGUCACUUGGAAGAGGCCGCCUUCGAUCUCUUCCGACGGGUCCUUUUCCCCGAUUCCCACGAACACCAUCCUGGUGAACACAACACUGAGCGUCUUGCGGACUUGAUGAGACUACUCGAUACACACGGUCACUCGAGUGACUUCAGAGACGUUCUGAAGGAAGUAGAGUUUUACCAUCCUGGGUUUCUCAACAAGUUGAAACACGGCGACGCUCACGACUACGUUGAAGGACUAUAUCGUCGACACACUGAGGAGGCCUUCGACCCUAACGAGUGGGAGCUGGACCAUGGCGGCCAUGAGAAAGGAAAGGUGGAAGAGGAAGACUCUCAUUGGAACCGUGAGGGUGGUCGAGAGGUGGACUCGGGAUGGAAGUCGGUGGAGAGAGAGGAGGGGGGCCAUCAAUCGAUGUAUGACGGUGGAGACCAUCAUUGGGACCACAGGGCAGAGAGCAGUCCUUGGCACCACGAGGACCAUCCCUGGGACCACCAGGUCGAGGACCAUCCGUGGGACCACAAGGCCGAGGACCACCGUUGGGACCACAAGGCCGAGGACCACCGCUGGGACCGCAAGACCGAGGACCAUCCUUGGAGCCACAGAGCGGAAGACCAUCCCUGGGACCACCAGGUCGAGGACCAUCCGUGGGACCACAGAGUGGAGGACCACCCCUGGGGGCACAGAGUGGAGGACCACCCCUGGGACCACAAGACCGAGGACCACCCCUGGGACCACAGAGUGGAGGACCACCCCUGGGACCACAAGACCGAGGACCACCCCUGGGACCACAGAGUGGAGGACCACCCCUGGGACCACAAGACCGAGGACCACCCCUGGGACCACAGGGUGGAGGACCACCCCUGGGACCACAAGACCGAGGACCACCCCUGGGACCACGAGGCGGAUGACCAUCCAUGGGACCAUAAGGCCGAGGACCGUCCCUGGUAUCACGGAAGUGAGGACCACCCUAGGGAUCACCGAGCAGAAGAUCAAUAUUGGUCGCGUGAGCUAGAAAGGCAUCUCUGGGGGAGUGAGCGGGAUCAUCAACACCGGUUGCCUCCGGUGGAAGAGGCGCCUUGGAAUCAUGAUCUGGAGGAGCACCCCUGGGACCACCUGUCGGACCCUCACUGGUCUCACACCGUGGAUGACCAUCCUUGGGACCACACUAUGGAGAAGCGGUCCGUCGGGGUAGUCGAGGAUGAGGAGAAGAAAGGUCAGAUGAACUCUCGUCCCACAGCCAAAAAUGAGACCAGUCAGAGAUGGGUGACCUCAACUGUGACCACUCCAUUGUGA